AUGAGAAGCGUCCCCAACUCCGACGAGAAGAAGGCAAAGACCGAUGAGAAGAAGGCGCUUGCCGCUGAGAAGAAGGCGCUGGCCGAUGAGAAGAAGAAAGCUAAGGCCGAUGAGAAGAAAGCCAGCGCAGAGAAGAGGAAAUUAGCUGCCGAGGCUAAGAAGCACGCGAAGAUGGUGAGAGCCGAGGAAGCUGCCAAGAAGAAGGCCGCUCGAGCACAAGCUGCCCAGGAGAAGGCCGCUAAAGCAGCUGCUGCCGCGCUGAAGCUCUCUGAGUCGCUCAAGAAGCAUACCAAAGAGAACGAGACCGCGAAGGUGGCAGAUGAGACCAUCAAUGAGAAGCCACUGGAGGAGGCAGACGAGACCAUCAAUGAGAAGUCACUGGAGGAGGCUCCGGUGAAUGAGAAGCCAGUGAAUGAGAAGCCGGUGAAUGAGAAGCCGGUGAAUGAGAAGCCUGGGGCGUUGUCUAUGACAUCUAUGAUCUUUGGCAUCAAGCGCUAG